CCAGUAUCAAUGGAUCGAUUGCCAGCAGGCAAAGGCUGAAAGAGUCGAGCGACUGGUUUCUGAGGAACCUGGUGACAUGUAAUUUGAGCAUUGCAGGUGUCAACUUUCACAUGUGAUAUUUCGGAACCUUGCAAAUACCGAAAGCGAAUCUCUUUGCUUACCAACUCCUCACAAUCGGAGUACCCGAAGUCGGUGAAGCUCUGAGCGAACGUUGUGCCACAGGGGCACGGGUAUAUUUAGACGCUCAGACUUUCCUAACUUGAGGUUCGGGAAUGCCGGCCAUUCUCUGAGCCACACCCUAUUCUUCACCCCGCAGUGAACUCGUCACCCGGUACCUCCUUGCGACCUCCACAUCUCUUGGCUUGGCAUAAGUCAGCGUAUUCGCGAUAUCUGAGCUCUGACUUCUCCCUUCUAUCGCCCUGGGUAGGCCACUAUGUUUCGUCGUGUCUUUGCCGUGGUCUGGGCCACAUGGUUCGUGCUAUUGGUGUCGCCCUUCAAAAGCUCGUGCUCAAGGUGCAGUUUCCCCCCUCGGUCCAAGCUUACCGCGACCACGUCACACAUGGCUGCCCUAUUCUUAACGCAGUAUCCCGGUUUUGGAAGCUGUACCAGACCUUCCGAUUGGCAGAGUCGUUCCGUGCUUGAAUGGUUCGGCGGCAUGAUGCCAGUACCUUGGGGUGUUUCUGUGCGUACAUUGGACUUGACCUGGAACUGGGCGCAACUUUCAGUGUGAUAUAUAAGAUUUGCAAGGGUAGUCUGUGAGUGUGGCUUGGUGAGUCAUGUAUUGAAUGCA